AUGGGCGGCGGCGCGAGCAAGAAGAAGGACGCCGAGUGGGAGCUCGAGUACGAAGGACACAGCAAGGCCGUGCUCUGCGUCGCCUUCUCGCCCUGCGGCGCGCGGGUCGCGACGGGCAGCCUCGAUGGCACGGCGCUCGUCUUCAACGCGAAGAGCGGCGGCAACCAGCUGACGCUCGAGGGCCACGGCGACGGCGUCGCCUGCGUCGCGUUCGCGCCCGGCGGGGGUCUGCUCGCGACGGGCAGCCACGAUCGGACCGCGCGGCUCUGGGACGCGACGACGGGCGCGGCCGCGAAGACGCUCGAGGGCCACACGGGCCACGUCCUGGGCGUCGCGUUCGCGCGCGACGGCGCCCGCGUCGCGACGGCGAGCGGCGACUGGACGUGCCGCAUCUGGGGCGUGGGGUCGGGGACCGUCGAGACGUUCGUCACGGGCCACAUCGACAUGGUCAUCUGCUGCGCGUUCAACCACGACGGCACGCGCUUCGCGACGGGCUCGGCGGACAAGACGAUCAAAAUCUGGAACGCGGCGCGCCUGUUCAACGGGGACACGAAGCGAUUCGACAACGCGACCGGCGCGCUGCUCCUCACGUUCGAGGGCCACGAGCACCACGUGACCUCCGUGACCUACGACCGCAAGGGGGAAAGGUUGUUGAGUUCGUCCCUGGAUUCGUCGGUGCGCAUGUGGGACGCGGCCAAGGGCGACGAGGAGUUCAAGCUCAAGCACCGGAGCGGCGUCGCGGGCGCGGCCUUUAGCGAGUGCGAGACAAGGGUGUUGUCCUGCUGCCGGGACAAGUCCGCGCGGUUGUGGUGCCUCGAGUCGGGCAAGGAGGAGACGAAGCUCAGCGGGCAUAGGAAGGCGGUGAACGGCUGCGCGUUCUCCGCGGAGUACGUCGCGACCGCGGGCGACGACGAGGUCGCCAAGCUCUGGCUUCCGCGGAACGACCUGCUGAAAGAGUUCGAAGAGGACUAA